AUGCUUUCGCCCUUCGCUUCCUAUCUCUUGCCCUACAUCCUUUGCCUUGCUCCAAGUCUAGCACAAAACCUCUGCAAUGGCUACGCGGAACUCUGUGGCCGCCUAUACUCGAACGUCACUACAAUCGGAACCCACGACUCCGCUUUCGUUGGCGAGCUUCCUCAAGAUAACCAAGGUGUCUCCGUAACAGCUCAACUUGAUGCUGGUAUUCGCUUCCUACAAGCCCAGUCACAUAAAAACAUCCUGGGGACGUUGGAGCUCUGUCAUACUUCUUGCCUGGAAGAAGAUGCCGGCAGCGUGGAAUCAUACCUCUCAACGGUCAAGGCGUGGCUUGAUGCCAACCCGAACGAGGUUUUGACAAUCCUGCUCGUGAACGGCGACAAUGUGCCGGUCAGCAUGUUCGAUGCCGCAUACACAUCUAGCGGGCUCAAAUCUUAUGCGUAUACCCCUCCAACCUCACCUGUUGCGAUUGAUGCAUGGCCCACGCUGCAAGAGUUAAUAUUGGCCGGGACGCGCCUCGUUGCUUUCCUCGACGCUGGUGCUAAUGCCUCGGUUCCAUAUAUUCUGGACGAGUUCACUUACUUCUUCGAGACGCCGUACGAUACUACCGACCCAACGUUCCCCGAGUGCACAAUCGAUCGCCCAGCCGGCGCAACCGCAGAUGGCCGCAUGUACAUCGUCAACCAUUUCCUCGAUCUGGACUUGGACGGUAUCGAUAUACCUGAUAACGCGGCGGAUAAUACCACCAAUGCAGCGACAGGGGUGGGUAGCAUUGGUGCGCAGGCAGAUCUGUGCAUUGGGCUGUAUGGAAGAGCGCCCGUGGGGAUACUGGUGGAUUAUUUCGAUCAGGGCAAUGUUUUUGCGGCGCAGAAUACGUUGAAUGGGGUCUGA